AACAAGUUAAGUGCGGAAAUAUUGGUUUGAAAAUUGGAAAUUAAAUUUCGUUUCGUUGCAAUCAAGUACACGGAACAAUCUAGGCCAAAUAGUUGGGAUUAUAUAAGUAUCUACCUUUCGAUUUUGUGAAGAAAACGCGCGGUUUUGCAACUAUCGGAUAUGAUGUGAAUUUGGAAUAUUGAAUAAGUUAAUGGUGUGCUCCAAGAUGUACGCAGUUCGUUCAAGUGACACAAGAAAAAUGCAGAGAAAUAAUUCUGAAAUUCGGAAAAUUGUGCAAUUGUAAGAAGUUUAAUCAAAUCUCUGUAUACGAAAUUGUGUUUGAAAGAGAGCUGAUUUUUUACACUCUUUGUGUUACUUAUAAGAAUUUGAAAAAUAUGUGCCCAAAGUCUUCCAAAAUGUGCAAAGAUAAAUAACAGUUUGCAACGCAAUGUUAUUGGCAGUUUUUGGCUGCUGCUUGUGCGCAUGUGUUGGUGAAAUCAAAUAACAAGUUGCAAUUUGAUGUUACAAAUAUUUUCAGCGCUUUUAAGUGAUCCGAGAGCAAGUGCUGAGGCAAAGUGCCGCAGGAUCCUGCUGUUCCACUGAGUUAAAUCAAUUACUACAAAGGAAUACUCUACGCUGUUAUUUGGAAAAGUUAAAUCCGCCGAGAUUAAUUUCAUCAUAAUGAAGGCAUACAAUAAAAAUAAUCGCCGACAAAUAUUAAAACUUCACUAGUCCCCAAUAGAAGUUUUGGCCAUUCACUAACGAGUUUUAUUCGGGCUGCUCCUCGGAGAGCAGCGUACAGGCAUUUAAAAAAAUUAUCUCAAAAUGGUCAAAUAUAAAGAUAAUAAGAAAAUGCAUAAUAGGCCACAACUUGCACAAAAGCCUGAUAAUGUAACUUUCGCGUGCAGUACACACCAACGGCAAAGUGUAUCGCUACGGAGCACAGCAGUGCAUAUAAGCCACAGCGAACGAAUAUUACCGGCUUGCACUUGCUCAAGUUUAAACAAUCAAACCAGUACCCGCGCUCAAAUACAGUCCUUGCACUGGUACUCUAAUCCGCACAGACGGUUGUUUCACGCGUUCGUUUUAGCUUCAUUGCUUUGUAUCCUCUUCUGCUCGGGUGUCACGGGCGAACAUGUUCGCGAACUCGAAAUAUCCGAAGGUGUACCCAUUGGACAUCAGAUUGGUUUUAUUGGUGAAUUUUCUCAUAGCGUGGAUAGCGGUCCACCGUAUUUGAUCGUACCGGUACCGGGUAGUGGGGUGGACACUGAUCUCGCCAUCGACCAUACGACCGGUGAGAUACGGACUAAAGUGUAUUUGGAUCGUGAGACCCGUGCGUCAUAUAGCUUGGUUGCUAUCCCAUUGAGUGGUGAAAAUGUGCGGGUGGUGGUGCGUGUGUUGGACGAGAAUGAUAAUGCGCCGACCUUUCCACAACCGGUAAUGAAUAUCGAGUUUCCUGAAAAUACGCCGCGUGAUGUGAAAAGAACGUUGAAUCCUGCACGUGAUCUAGACCUAGGCCAAUACAAUACACAGCGUUAUAAUAUCGUAUCGGGUAAUGUGAAUAAUGCGUUCCGCCUGUCGUCCCAUCGCGAGCGCGACGGUGUGCUGUACUUGGACUUGCAGAUUAAUGGAUUCCUUGAUCGCGAAACGACACCGGGAUACAGUUUGGUGAUUGAAGCCUUGGAUGGUGGUAGUCCACCUUUGCGUGGACAGAUGACUGUAAACAUUACCAUACAAGACGUCAACGACAACCAGCCAAUUUUCAAUCAGAGUCGGUACUUUGCAACUGUCCCAGAAAAUGCCACCGUUGGCACUAGCGUAUUGCAGGUAUAUGCAACGGACACAGAUGCUGAUGAAAAUGGACUGGUGGAGUAUUCCAUAAAUCGGCGACAGAGUGACAAGGAACAAAUGUUUCGCAUCGAUUCACAAACUGGUUUGAUUUCGGUGAAUAAACCAUUGGAUUUUGAAACUAAGGAAUUACACGAGCUCGUUGUGGUGGCCAAAGAUCAUGGCGAGCAACCACUAGAGACCACCGCAUUUGUGUCCAUACGCGUAACAGAUAUCAAUGAUAAUCUGCCGACGAUUAAUGUCAUUUUCCUCAGCGAUGACGCAACGCCCAAGAUCUCUGAGUCGGCGAAACCCGGUGAGAUUGUGGCACGUAUUUCCGUCAAUGAUCCCGAUUCAAAGGCUGAAUAUUCGAAUGUAAAUGUUACACUCAAUGGUGGCGAUGGACACUUUGGACUUAACACCCGUGACAACAUCAUAUAUUUAGUAAUCGUUUCACAGCCACUUGAUCGUGAGUCUCAGUCAAACUAUACGCUCAGCGUUGUGGCCACAGAUAAUGGCACACCACCAUUGCAUGCCUCAAAAACUAUUUAUUUGCGCGUAACGGACAUCAAUGAUAAUGCGCCAGAGUUCGAGCAUGAAGUGUACCAUGCCAAUGUGAUGGAAGUUGCUGAUCCGGGCACAUCUGUUUUGCAGGUGGCUGCUUUCGAUCGCGACGAGGGUAAUAAUUCGGCGGUGAUUUACGCACUAGCCGAUACCCCAGAAACGCAUGCCGAAUGGUUUCAAAUUGAUCCACACACGGGCUUGAUAACCACGCGCGCGCACAUCGAUUGCGAAACCGAACCGGUGCCACAGCUGACUGUCAUUGCCAAAGACAAUGGCCAUCCACCGCUCUCGUCAACCGCCACAGUGCUCGUCACAAUACAUGAUGUCAACGAUAAUGAACCGAUUUUUGAUCAAAGCUUCUACAAUGUUUCAGUUGCAGAAAAUGAACCGGUUGGACGCUGCAUUCUAAAGUAUCUUAAUCAUCAUCCGAUUGCCAUGUAA